GAAAUGGCUUCAACUGUUAAAAUAUCCCCAAAGGAAUUAUCCAAAGUACAGAAUCAACUCCCACAAGGCUGGGUAGCCAAAGAAUCGUUAAAAUAUAAAGGACAUAUCUUCUACUUUAAUGUCUCUGCAGGUACAAGUACAUGGACGAGGCCUACUCGUACCUACAGAGAAAAGUAAAGCACAAUCUACUUCUUCAUUUAAAAAUGUUGGAAAGAAGAGAAAAUCUGGAGAUAUGCUGGAAAUAAAUACAUCUAAAACAACUAUUGCAAAUAACAAAAGUGAUAAUCACCAAAAAGUAAAAACUAGAAAAAGACGAAAGAAAAAUAAAAUAUUAAAACAAGAAGACACUGCAAAUAACAACAACAAGAUAACAAACAGUUCAACUAGUGAUAUUUCAAUUGACUCUUUAUUUGAAUCCCCUGGAACUACAAACAAACAACAGGAAGAAAAUGCAAGAAGAAAACAAGAAGAAUACCAAACACUGGACAUGCCGCCAUUGAUUGAUGUGGAACAAUUAGCCAUUGUUUCCAAACAAUCACCAAAACAAUCACCAUUAUCACAUAACACACAAAAAUCACAAUUACUGCAAAACAAGAUUUCAUAUUCACCAAGUGACUUAAAAACCCCAACCAAAGUCACCCCUAAAUUUAACCCCAAUGUUACCCCCAAGUUCACCCACAAUGUUACCCCCAAGUUCACCCACAAUAUUACACCCAAAGUUACCCCUAAAGUUGGCUCAUCACCCCGCACACCAAGUAGCGUUACCCCAACCAAAACUACACCAAAAGUAACCCUAUCGCGAAAAGUAACUUCUAAUAGAAGAAGAUCAAAUAUCUUUAUAAAUCCCUUAUGUGAUGAUGGAAAUGAAGACAAUGUUGAUGAAAUUACUCGCCCAGUUAUCUCUCCAAAAGUUGUAAGACCAAUUAUCACUCAUCAUAAAACACCUAAAGCUCAAGUUGUUAAGGAUAAAGAUCCUGCUGAAGUUGAAGUGAUGGACACAUCAGAUACAAUAUACAACUGUAAAGAUAUACCAAAAGCAAUAGAAGAGAAAGAAUCCACACCUGCCAUUACAAACGCACCUCCCAAUGCAAAUGCCAUCUUAUUCAUUGUAGUUGAUACAAACAUAUUGUUGUACUCAAGUUGUUUGAAAGAUAUUGACUUCAUUAUUAAUUGGUGCCCACCUCCAAGGACGAUGUUUCGACGAGCUGUUGUUGUUGUGCCUUGGGUUGUUCUUCAGGAGCUUGACCAUUUGAAGACAAACAAACAGACAGCAGCAAAAGCAAGACGAUCAAUCGCAUUUCUUAAUAGACAUUUUUCUUGCAAGAAACCUGGAAUUCGGGGCCAAACUAUAUUAGAAGCAGCUGCUGUUGUGGAUGGAUUAAACAUUGAAAUAAACGAUGACAGACUCCUACAAUGUUGUUUCUUCUUUUCAAGAUUGCCAGGAAAACAUAAAACGUUGUUGUUUACAAAUGAUUCAAACCUGGCAAACAAAGCUAUGAUUAAUAGCUUCAUGAGUUAUUCCAACUUACAAGCACUAAUGAAAGGUGUAACUGAAUAUACUUCACUUCCUAAUCCAGUACUUGAUGAAGAAGGUUCAACAAAACCUGUAAUACCAACUCCCAGAGGGUCCUCCACAUCCUCUAUAGUGGAGGAAGACACCCCAAAGUCCAUGGUCCUCCAGUUAUCACUGGAGCAGAUGCAUCUUGCUCUCUGUGUGAUCCUGGAGACAGAGAUGAGGGAAGCAUAUGGGAGGAUUUGGGAGGAAGUUGUGGUAAAGAGGCCACCAUGGAGUUUAGCAGGUUGGGGUUUCUUAUCCAUAUUAUUUGUUAAUAUUAUUUGGAUUCUUUUUAUUACAUUUUAUUAAAAAUCCAAAGGUACAUCAUUUCAUCCUCAGUUAUUCAAUAGUUAGUUGAAAAAACAGCGUUUUAAAAACUA